UGGCAGCUCCGGUAAAGCCUCAGUUGCCCUUUGGUACUGUUUUAAGUUUUAACUUUUCCGUGCCAAACUGUUUUGCUUUUUCAUCUUUUAUUUAAAAGCUGUCCGGAAGCCAAUUUAAGUUCAUUUUCUACCGUUCGUGUAAAGGACUCAUUGGGAUUUCUUGAACAAAUAACAAAAUAGGAUGAAUUUUCUUGUUUAUUUGCUGUUUCUUCUGCAUUCUGGCUUUCUUGUCGUCGUGAGAGGAAGGAUAAUAGCUAAACCAGGACAUGUGAUUGCAUCAUCCAGAUCUAAACUUGGUGAACAAACAAAAUAUCAGACAGUUUUCACUGAAGAUGGAAAAGUUUGUAAAUUUCCUUUCCGGUAUGGUGGAUCUGUAUAUCAUCGCUGCAUAUCCAACUCAUUCUCGUCAAGACCGUGGUGUGCUACUACUCAUAACUUUGACCGGGACCAAGAGUGGGGCAUUUGUGCUCCUCUGCCUGACACUGUUCAAGCUAAAUGCUAUGAAGCAGCUCAUCUCAAAUACUAUGAUGUGGGAGAUAUAUGGGGAAGAAUCUAUGAAGGAAGAGUCGAGCAGUGUUCCUGUUCAAAAGGCAUUAUUGAGUGUCAAGUAGUGCGCUAUAGAGGUUGUAGUACUAAUCCUUGCCAAAAUAAUGCAACUUGUCGGUGGAUUGUUGCUACCAAUGAGCCUGUGUGUGCCUGUAAGCCAGGAUUUGUUGGAUCCCUCUGCACCUUCACAUCAAAUACUGACUGUUUUAACAAUAAUGGCACUGACUACAGAGGGACUGCUCACAUAACUCGCCUAGGAGCCACCUGCCUUCGCUGGAAUUCAGACAUCCUGCACUUUAAUGAAAGGACUGCAGAGCAGGCUGCACAACUCGGUUUAGGAGCUCAUAACUUCUGCAGGAAUCUAGAUAAUGAUGAAAGUCCAUGGUGCUACAUUUUAAAUGGAAGGACUAUUUCUUGGGAAUACUGCAAUAUUAAGCCCUGUCAACAAACGCAACAAAUAAUGACUGUGCCGGCUGUUGGAGACUCUUUUGAAGACCCCUCAGAAUCAGAAGUUCCAGAAUUAUUUGUUAGAGUUCCAAAUACUACUCAGCCAAAGACUGGACCUGCCUGUGGCAAAAGACACAAGAAGAGAAGGGCUCCAGCUGGGAGAAUCAUAGGUGGAACAUCUUCUCUGCCCGGUGCUCACCCAUGGCUUGCUGCUCUUUAUAUUGGCAAAAACUUUUGCUCUGGAAGUCUUAUAAUGUCUUGCUGGGUUGUGUCUGCAGCACACUGUUUUUCCAACAGCCCUUUAAAGUCAAGUAUUCGAGUUGUUUUGGGACAGCAUUUUUUUAAUGACACAGGUCCUAAUGUGCAGACCUUUGAAGUGGAUAAGUACAUCUUUCCUGAUAAAUACUCAGUUUUUAAUGAUGCUGAGCAUGACAUUGUGCUUAUCAAACUGAAAAAGAAAGAUAAACACUGUGCAAAAAGGACUCAGUUUGUCUCUACUAUCUGCCUACCAGAGCCAGACAUCACUUUCAUUCCUUCCACCUACUGUCAUAUUGCUGGCUGGGGACACUCAAAAGAAGGUGCACAGACCUAUGAAAAUCAUCUACAAGAAACUGUAGUUCCUAUAAUUUCUUCCUUACAUUGUAGCAGUCCAGAAGUCUAUGGUAAUGCCAUCACUGAAAAUAUGUUAUGUGCGGGACAUCUUGACUGCAGGAGAGAUGCCUGCCAGGGAGAUUCAGGGGGACCGCUGGCAUGUGAAAAGAAUGAUAUCUUUUACUUGUAUGGAAUCAUCAGCUGGGGGGAUGGCUGUGCCAGAACAAACAAACCAGGGGUCUACACCAGAGUCUCCAGAUAUAUGGACUGGAUUAAAAGUAGCAUAAAACCAAAGCCUAAAGCCAACGAGGAACAAAUGCAACAAAUUCCUCUGAAGUGAUUUGCACAGUAGUUACUCAGAAUUUGUGUGCAUUGCAUGGAUGUAACAAAAUCUUUCAAGCUCAUAUUAAAUUGUUGAUGUCAUGUAUUUACCUAAUUUUUAAAACCUCAAAACUGCAGCUGUAUGUUAAAAGAAAAUAUCUACCAUUUUGCUUAGAUUUUUUAUUUAAGUUAAAUGCCUUUAUUUUGUUUUGUGUUUGUAACAGCAAAAUGCAUGUUUUAAGGUGGAAGUUUCUUUUGUUUUCAAUUUACGAACAAGUGCCAUAUUUUUAUCAGAAAAAAAUGGGGAAAUCAAAAGGUGUCAUGCUUAAGAUAAAUAAGUCAGUCCAAUGAUUGGUAAAAUGCAUUAUAUUUGCUAUUCAUACAGAUGGCACAUCACAAACACUACUUUAUGAAUCCAAUACCAAAUGGCAUAUAACAGAGACAAUAACUCAAUAAUAUCAGAAGUAGUUAUUCGGUAUCUUACUCCUGAAUUUCUGAUGUGUUAAAUGCAACGCAUAUUUCUAGACUAUGUUUACAAUGCUUAUUUAGUCAGUAAAUCACGAUUUUCUUUUUACAAUUUUUUAACUGACAUUAUAUUUCAGGAGAAUGCCUGCUGUGAACUUUGGGCAUGAAAAGGAAUGAGCAUGCAUUCCAGGUAGGGGACAUCCCGAAGACACCAUGUAUUCUAGUUACAUAAGGGAACUGGUCAAGAUGUUUUGUUAAUCUUCUAGUAGCUAAGGCACAAAUAUGAGCUGCUACAUUUUCAGCAAGAUAUGCAAGAUUUUCACAUCCCCACCUCUCAACACACAAUUCUUUCUUUGACACUCUAUCAAAUAGCACUGACAUGAUUGGCAUAAUAUCAUACUUAGAUUAUAUUUGUUUCAACUCCUUAAAAAUGAAAACUACAAAAUGGAUAAUGUUGAAGGUCAAAGAGUCCCAACUCAAACAAAUGCUUUGGAAUUCUCCUCUGGUCAGUGUUGUCUUAAUCAUAUUAAGCAUGUAUAUAAAUAUGAGGAACUCCAGUUUCUUUAUUACAUCUUGCCUGAAGAAGUGGUCUGAGCUGUCUCAAAAGUCUGCAUAUUGUAAUCUACUCAGUUAACCAAUAAAAUAUGUCAUUUUGUGCUUUACUUCUCAUUGCAGCUAUUAUAUUUACAGUGGGAUGCAAAAGUUUGGGCAACCUUGUUGAUAGU